ACAUGAAGUUCAGAUACUUAUGAAACAUAAAGUUUUUCAGUUGUAGGAGAAGAAUAAAAUUUAUUAAGUUCAGUGAUGACUAAUUAAAAUGCAGGUGUUGGUUAAUUUGAAUAAUACUCUGUUUGACUUAUUCUUGCAGUUUUAAUUAUCCAUGGCAAAUAGACUUUUGUAAUAGUUCUGUGAAAAUAGGCAUUGGUAAAUCUCAAUGUUUAAACAUUAUUUCCACCACCAGGCCCUAAAAUAAUAGAUAAAUUUUAUACAUUUGCCAUAAGUAUAGUAAUUUGAAUAUGGUAUUCUCUUAACUCUAAGAUUUAUAGUUUAACCCCAUUUUAAUCCUUGCAAACCAACAGUCCAAUCUUUAUCAUUUGGGAAUAUAAAUGUAGGACUAGUGUAUAAGUCUCCAUUAAAUACUAUUUAAUUAUCUACAUCAAAGGCAUCAUGAAUUGCAAGAAAUAUUUAGUAACCUAGUUUGAUUAAGUUUAAGUUAUUUGACUUGAUUUCAAUGACGACAUCUUAAAAAUUGAUGCUUUUUAUCUAAAAUUAGAUUAAAUGAUACAGAUAUUUCAAAAUCGAUUGGUCCUUUAUAACAUAAAGAUGUCACAUGAAUUAAUCCUUUUGAAAAGUUAGGAUUAAAAUGUGGAUGAGUGAUUUAAGUAGAAAAAGUUGCACUAGAUUGUUAUAUAUC